AUUUUUCAUAGUGAUUCAACGCCCUCCCUCUAGUGCCAGACUACCGUUUUCGCCAUCAUGGCUCCUUCGGACAGACCGGGGUACUGGGGCCGCCCAACAUCAACAUUGGACUGGUGCGAGGACAACUACAUCGUCUCAUUUUACAUCGCCGAAUUCUGGAACACCGUCAGCAACCUGAUCAUGAUCCUACCUCCCAUCUACGGUGCCGUCCAGACCCUCAAAGACGGCCUGGAAAUCCGCUAUGUGUUCGCUUUCUUAGGACUCGCGGCUGUGGGGGUUGGGUCCUGGUGCUUCCACAUGACUCUCCAGUACGAGAUGCAGUUACUGGACGAGCUGCCAAUGAUCUACAGCUGCUGUGUCUUUGUGUACUGCCUAUAUGAAUGUUUCAAACAAGAAAACGCGGUCAAUUAUUUUCCCAUAGUCAUCUUAUUGAUCUUCAGUGUUGCCGUCACUGUAGUGUAUUUACAGUGGAAGGAGCCGGUGUUCCAUCAGGUGAUGUAUGGAAUACUGGUCGGGUGCUUAGUGCUGCGGUCUGUGUUCAUCGUUACGUGGGUGUAUCCAUGGCUCCGCCCCCUCGCCUACACCUCCCUAAGUGUGUUCAUGAUUGGCUUCCUGCUGUGGAACAUCGACAAUCAUCUCUGUGACACGCUGAGGAGUGCCAGGCAGAGACUGCCCCCUGUUGUCGGGGCAGUCACACAGCUGCAUGCCUGGUGGCACAUUCUGACAGGGCUGGGAUCCUACCUGCACAUUCUCUUCAGUCUCCAGACGAGGACUACCUACCUCAAACACAGGCCGAAAGUGACGUUUCUCUGUGGGGUGUGGCCUGUCAUUCGUGUAGCCUCCCAGAAGACCACGUGAGCGGGCGGCGGGGGCGGAGGGGGGGCCCGUGUGGAGGGCACGGCCGCCGUCGCUCCGGUAACGAGCCGCCGGGCCGGACGGGGGGAGCGGGCCGGUCUCCCCCACCCCGGCUGCUUUGGAUUCGGACUGACGGCCCCAGGGACGCUCCCAUAUUAGCCGAGCGUAGCGUUUAGCCGACUGCGGAUAACGGGGAGCACAGCGGUUUGCCAGGGUCAGGAUCUGUUGGAAACUUGCACUCUAAAAACCAGAGAUGUCCUCCAUCUUUAGUCAUGCGCUCGCAGCAAGCCUGGUGUUGUGUGCAUGUGUGCGUGUUUGUGUGUGUGUGUGUGUGUAGGCCUAACACUACAUUCAAACCACCCUGUUUUCUUGUUUUUGUUUCCAUAACCCCCGCCUCAUCCCUCCAAAUUCUGCGCAUGGUGUUAAAUCGAUUCGUGAUCCUGUCGUACAAAAACCCGGUGCCCCCCCGAGUGACCGAUGUUCCCGCUCACUGCAUAUGUGUAAGAUCACAUUUCAUUUUCUCGAUCAUUCCUCCCGCCCCCCCCACUCCGCAGCAGAACACGCACACGGGAGCAUUCGGGGUGGUUUUAGUUGUUAUGCUAGUGAAAAAUGGACUUUAGAGCAAGCUUGCUAUUGGUAGCCUGCGUGUUUAGUAUCAAGACCACGGAACACUAUGCAAGUAAAACAGUAGUUAGUGAUGUAAUUUGAUAUGUUUUAACAGGGGAUAUUAAAAACUAAUGAGGUAUUUGGCAUCGAGCACUUAUACCUGGGGCCAGUAGUGUGACGGACAUCCCCGUGCUUGCCGUGAUUUGGGCAAAACUGGAAAUCUUGACAGCUUUGGAAUGUUUAAACCUGGCUCCUUUUUUUUUCUUUUUUCUCUGAUGUAGUCAAUGUUUAUGGAAUUUUAGAAUGAAAAGCAAAAUUGAGCGCGUAAAUGAAAGGAACACAUUUACUCCAGAUACCAGCAUGCCUUGCUGCGUGACUGAAAGUGUGCAGUUGGUCAGUGAAUUAUCGCUGUCCUGGUGGUUGCUACUCACACUAAUUAAUUCUCUAAGUGGAAGCACUGGUUGUAUUUUGUGCUGGUCACAAAACAACUAAAUGGAACAUUUGCGCUUGUGGUUAAGGGAUUUUUGUCUGUGUGUGUGCCAUUUCAUAUUUGUCUUAAUGGCUGCAAUGCAAAAGGGGUCCUGCUUGCCUGUAUAAGUUCAAGCACAUUCAACGGCUCUUUUUGGACCACUUGUCAGCUGCACAUAUUGGGGAAUAUGAAGUAAGUCGUACCACACUACGACUGGUAGAAGUUUAGUUGUUCACCAGGCAGGUGGGAUGUUCAUAAUGCUACAAAGUUCUCUAUUGUCCCUUUAGUCAACAGUUGUGAAGUCAUUUAGAAAGACGUUUUGCUUGAAGUGAUUUUGGAGGGCCUAACUUGCAACAUUGCUAACAUUGCAACAUUGCUAACCAAUACAAAAGUAUUAUAGACUGUAGCAGAUGAGUUGAUGUAUGCUACAUACAUUUAAGCUGUUGCAAUCUAGGAGUUCAAAUUUGAGAUUUUGAUUUAAUUAGCUGUUUUUUUUUUAGCGGAUCCAAACAUUUUAUUGUAGGUUCUUAAUGAAGGCAUGUUUUAAUUUAUUCCACUGACACUGUCAGAUAAUCUAAUGCUAAAUUAAUCUUUUAUUGGCUUGAUUUGUGUUCCCAGAAUCGUGUUAUUUCAACGCAAAUUAUUCAUACUAUAAUGUUGCUGUUUCAGUUGUAAUUUCCGUUGCCUUUUUAUAGAACAAAAC